AUGCCCUUCCCGUUUCUGGCCCUCCCGGCCGAGAUUCGGGUAAAGAUCUAUCGCGAAGUACUCGUCAGUCCUCCAAGCAUACUUCUGGAGCCCAACUGGGAGAUUCUCACCCCUAGACAUGGAGACAUGUCCCCAGACCAAAUAUUUAAUAUAUAUGAGCCCGACCUACUUCGUCUGAACAGAUCAAUCUCUGGGCAGAUGGCCACUACCCCCAUACUCCCAGUUGUUGGCUGUCAGAUCUCACGAGACUGGUGUCCUGGAAUCCUGCGGGUGAACAAAAUGGUUCACUCAGAGUCUGCCAGAGUUCUGUAUCGGGACAAUACAUUUUGCGUCGACGAGUACUAUCCUCACCGACAAGACUUUGAAGAGUAUGCUUAUCCCCUAUUCCGGCCGAAAACCGAGGCCUCUUACCUCUCAAUCGGUGUGGUACCUGUUCUCUACGGCUUCCUCCGAGGCAUCGGCCAAAGCAACGCCCAGCACAUCAGCUCUCUAUCUAUUCCUGUUCCUUUGCUGCCCCUGCAGCUACCUCCAGCCUUGGUCAGGGUGGCACCCCCAGACAUGGGUCGCUCGCUGGCUCGAAUGGUCGAAUCACGCAAUACCUAUAGAACGUUCGUGCAUCCGCUGGGCCACCAGGAGAAGCAGCACAUCAGGAUACUCUCGAGCUUGGCUCCCAACCUCGAGUGGCUGGAGAUGACGGUAUGCGACAUGUUCUCGGCUUUCUAUGACGACGCUGGCCACCUCGAUGAGCUCUCGGCCACACUGGCGCUGCUACCAAAGCUGAAGGAAGUCAGUUGUCUCGUUUACAAACAGGCGGGUGAUGAGAGCCACGCCCUGACAGUCGAGGCUUUUGGCAAGCGGGGAUGGGCGACCGAGUUCGGCUGCGUCCUCUGCAGAUGCGGUCUUCACUCGCCGACAGGGAAGUACGUACUGCCAGAGGAUAGCGAUAUCGUCGGCUGUCUCGACUUUUGCUAUUAUGCAUCCGAUAAGACCACCAAGAGGAAGAAGCGAAGGGCAGCCUAUUCAUGGGGCAAGUGGUCGAGAUAG